AUAAAUUUAAAAAAAAUGUUUCGUAUUAUACUGUAAUACCGUAGAAUAAAAAAUAAAGCAGAAAUCUCAAUAAGCUUAAAUGGUACCCACUGGUGAAAUCGACUUGAAAGCUUUGGUGUCGUUUCUCGUAUAAAAGCCUAGCGGGGGAAGAACGAUUUUUAGUCAAAGAAUUAUAAUCGGCAUGACAACACCUAAGGAGGAAGCUCUCAAUACUCCAAACUCUGCCUAUCCAAAUCUGGAGGAGAGACUGGAGACAUAUCUGCGAAGAAUAUACUACCUAAGGGACUACCACCCAACAUCCAAUGAUUACGAUCCAUCUGCGGUGGAGUAUUUCGGUGUCCUAAGCCUGACCGAUGUUCGGGCUCCCCGCCGAAAGCUGUGGUACAUGUACUAUGCCACCACGGAUGAACUGGACGCCACCGUGGAUCACAUACACAAAAAAUAUGGCCAGAAGAAUAUGUAUGACCUCUACAGGAAGCCCGUGUUCAGUGGCUCCGGAAUGCGUGCCCGGGUUAAAAAUCACUUUUCGGCCCUGAAGUGGUACGUCAAGGGAAACAUUUUGGAGGCGCCACCCGACAGCCCCUACAACGACGAGAAGGUGGUCAACACCAUAGCAGAUUUGUACCAGGCCGAGAGGCGGAGAUACCAUGAUUUACUGCUAGGGAAAAACAACGACUAUGCAAAGUGGAACUCCCGCUACUUGAAUUGUUAAAUAAAACGACUGAAUAGCAGUAGAACUAGAAUAGAAUUAGGUAUAAAUAAAACUUCCCAACUAAA